AUGUUCGACGAUCAACUCAAAGCACUAAUUUAGAAAAACAAUCUCAAAAUUGAAUAGCACCAAACCAAAAUGAUGAUUAGAUUUCCUCAGACUCCUCAAGUCCGUGAUUCUCAACAAUAAUCCCAAUUUUUUACCAAGUCAAACAACAAAAGUAGUAGCAUAGACAAGAGCUAUUUCAGUUGUGUUCCAACUAGAAAGUCAACCAAACAAAGCUUUUUUGUUCCAAAAUCUGUUGUCACAUCAUAAUACUUGGAUUCCUAGGCUUUUUAAGUCUAUCAAACUGAGGACAUUCAAAAUACUCAAAUUUAAGACUAUGGGCAAUAGAUCUAACAUUCUUAAAUUAAUAUAAGUGAUAAUGCAGAUAAUUCACCAAUGAAUUCCUCCAUUUUAAAUUAAUUGAGAAGAGAAAAAGAGAUCAUCUCAUAAUAACAUCAAUUGCUAAUAUCCCAAAUGUCAAGGGAAAUCGAAAACAAUAAACGAUAAUACCAGAAAUCCGAAUAAACUUUGUAACAGUAAAUAAUUCAAUUAUAAAAUGAAUUAAAUGCGUAUAAAUAGUAUUAAACAAAAAGUCUAGAUUUGGAAGCAAGUCUUUAAUAAAUUAUUAUUGAAAAUAACGAACUCAAAUCUAAAUUGUAGGAAUAAAACAAAUGGCUUUUUGAAUUAUAAGAUUAAUUUGAAUUGAUUCAAACCAAAAUGAUUGAUAUCAAAUAGAAAAUUCAAGAUACCAAACAUUUCUCAAAUUAACUCUCUUAAAUCGCUCAAUAUUUACUAAACAAACAAACACCUCCUCUUGAUUUCUUAGUCUUUAUGAAUAAUCAAUCGAAACAAUUAUAACAUGAAUAGCAAUAAGAAACUGAAUUCAGAAACAGAAAAUAGCAGAUUAAACAACAGCAUUUUCAAUCUAAUCCUUUUCCUAUUGCGAAAGAGUCUUUUGCUUAAAUUUAUUAAUUUUAGAUUGAAAACUCUAUGAUACUCAAUUAAAUAGUCAAAGAUUUGAGAAAUAACGUUGAUCGCUACUCUUAAUAAUACAUAGCCGAAGUCGGACUUCAUUUGAUGUGA